AUGGAACAAGAAAUGGAAAGACGUCAAUUCAAAUUGGCCCAAGUACAGGCCUGUCAGCCAGAAGAUAGCAGGCCCACCAGGAAAUGGACAGGACAUGACCGUGAAUGGUGGUUCGAGGGUUGGCCAAAGAGCUGGUUAGAACCUGAACAAAGUUCUAACCAGCUAUUUGAGGAUUGUCAGCCAGAAGAUAGCAGGCCCACCAGGAAAUGGAAAGGACAUGACCGUGAAUGGUGGUUCGAGGGUUGGCCAAAGAGCUGGUUAGAACCUGAACAAAGUUCUAACCAGAUAUUUGAGGAUUGUCAGCCAGAAGAUAGCAGGCCCACCAGGAAAUGGACAGGUCAUGACCGUGAAUGGUGGUUCGAGGGUUGGCCAAAGAGCUGGUUAGAACCUGCACAAAGUUCUAACCAGAUAUUUGAGGAUUGUCAGCCAGAAGAUAGCAGGCCCACAGAGAAAUGGUCAGGACACGACCGUGAAUGGUGGUUCGAGGGUUGGCCAAAGAGCUGGUUAGAACCUGAACAAAAUUCUAACCAGAUAUUUGAGGAUUGUCAGCCAGAAGAUAGCAGGCCCACAGAAGAAUGGACAGGACAUGACCGUGAAUGGUGGUUCGAGGGUUGGCCAAAGAGCUGGUUAGAACCUGAACAAAGUUCUAACCAGAUAUUUGAGGAUUGUCAGCCAGAAGAUAGCAGGCCCACCAGGAAAUGGACAGGACAUGACCGUGAAUGGUGGUUCGAGGGUUGGCCAAAGAGCUGGUUAGAACCUGAACAGAGUUCUAACCAGAUAUUUGAGGAUUGUCAGCCAGAAGAUAGCAGGCCCACAGAGAAAUGGUCAGGACAUGACCGUGAAUGGUGGUUCGAGGGUUGGCCAAAGAGCUGGUUAGAACCUGAACAGAGUUCUAACCAGAUAUUUGAGGAUUGUCAGCCAGAAGAUAGCAGGCCCACAGAGAAAUGGUCAGGACAUGACCGUGAAUGGUGGUUCGAGGGUUGGCCAAAGAGCUGGUUAGAACCUGCACAAAGUUCUAACCAGAUAUUUGAGGAUUGUCAGCCAGAAGAUAGCAGGCCCACAGAAGAAUGGACAGGACACGACCGUGAAUGGUGGUUCGAGGGUUGGCCAAAGAGCUGGUUAGAACCUGAACAAAGUUCUAACCAGAUAUUUGAGGAUUGUCAGCCAGAAGAUAGCAGGCCCACAGAGAAAUGGUCAGGACAUGACCGUGAAUGGUGGUUCGAGGGUUGGCCAAAGAGCUGGUUAGAACCUGAACAAAGUUCUAACCAGAUAUUUGAGGAUUGUCAGCCAGAAGAUAGCAGGCCCACAGAGAAAUGGUCAGGACAUGACCGUGAAUGGUGGUUCGAGGGUUGGCCAAAGAGCUGGUUAGAACCUGCACAAAGUUCUAACCAGAUAUUUGAGGAUUGUCAGCAAGAAGAUAGCAGGCUCACAGAAGAAUGGACAGGACAUGACCGUGAAUGGUGGUUCGAGGGUUGGCCAAAGAGCUGGUUAGAACCUGAACAAAGUUCUAACCAGAUAUUUGAGGAUUGUCAGCCAGAAGAUAGCAGGCCCACCAGGAAAUGGACAGGACAUGACCGUGAAUGGUGGUUCGAGGGUUGGCCAAAGAGCUGGUUAGAACCUGCACAAAGUUCUAACCAGAUAUUUGAGGAUUGUCAGCCAGAAGAUAGCAGGCCCACAGAGAAAUGGUCAGGACAUGACCGUGAAUGGUGGUUCGAGGGUUGGCCAAAGAGCUGGUUAGAACCUGCACAAAGUUCUAACCAGAUAUUUGAGGAUUGUCAGCAAGAAGAUAGCAGGCCCACAGAAGAAUGGACAGGAAAUGACCGUGAAUGGUGGUUCGAGGGUUGGCCAAAGAGCUGGUUAGAACCUGAACAAAGUUCUAACCAGAUAUUUGAGGAUUGUCAGCCAGAAGAUAGCAGGCCCACCAGGAAAUGGACAGGACAUGACCGUGAAUGGUGGUUCGAGGGUUGGCCAAAGAGCUGGUUAGAACCUGAACAGAGUUCUAACCAGAUAUUUGAGGAUUGUCAGCCAGAAGAUAGCAGGCCCACAGAGAAAUGGUCAGGACAUGACCGUGAAUGGUGGUUCGAGGGUUGGCCAAAGAGCUGGUUAGAACCUGCACAAAGUUCUAACCAGAUAUUUGAGGAUUGUCAGCAAGAAGAUAGCAGGCCCACAGAAGAAUGGACAGGACAUGACCGUGAAUGGUGGUUCGAGGGUUGGCCAAAGAGCUGGUUAGAACCUGAACAAAGUUCUAACCAGCUAUUUGAGGAUUGUCAGCCAGAAGAUAGCAGGCCCACCAGGAAAUGGACAGGACAUGACCGUGAAUGGUGGUUCGAGGGUUGGCCAAAGAGCUGGUUAGAACCUGAACAAAGUUCUAACCAGCUAUUUGAGGAUUGUCAGCCAGAAGAUAGCAGGCCCACCAGGAAAUGGACAGGACAUGACCGUGAAUGGUGGUUCGAGGGUUGGCCAAAGAGCUGGUUAGAACCUGAACAAAGUUCGAACCAGCUAUUUGAGGAUUAG